CGGUGUAGUAAAUCGUAAUCUCACACACACACACACACACAGUGAUUCAGACUGUAAAUCCAAACCCAAGUCGUUCGUCUCCCUUCAGUGUAGAAUUAAUACACAGUGGUAACACGGAGAGAGAACCGGGGAGAAGGGAGAAACAAUUUGAGGACCCAUUUGAGAAAUUGAUCUUAUUGGAUGGAAUGGUGUUUUGAUAUGAUUCAAUCUCGAACAAAUUAGGGGUGGGAAUUUGAUCAAAGAUUCAAUAAUGGGGAGAUCUGGGUUUUGCUUUUUGAUCCUUAUAGUUUUCUGUAUUUGUCUUUCCGGCCACUCGGUUUCUGCCCAGAACCGCAGCAAGCCCAAGAAUGUGCAGGUGGCUCUUAGAGCCAAGUGGUCUGGCACACCACUUCUUCUAGAAGCCGGGGAGUUGCUAUCUAAGGAAUGGAAAGACUUCUUUUGGGAUUUCAUCGAAUCAUGGCUUCACUCUGAUAAUUUAGACACGGAAUCUAGUACCGCAAAAGAUUGUUUGAAGAAAAUCGCCAAAUUCGGCAAAUCUCUGUUAACUGAGCCUUUAGCAUCAAUAUUUGAAUUCUCCCUCACCCUUAGAUCAGCUUCACCUAGACUAGUGUUGUACCGACAGUUAGCAGAGGAGUCUCUUUCGUCUUUUCCUCUAACAGAUGACGUGGCCCCAAAAACAAUCGAACAAAACGAAACUGCAAAAACGCUAACUUCCGAAUCCUUUCUUUCGGGCAGUAACCUCAAGAGUCCUGGGAAUAAAUGUUGUUGGGUCGAUACUGGUGGUUCACUGUUUUUCGAAGUGGUGGAUUUGCUGACGUGGCUAGAUACUCCUAAUGAUGUAACGGAUGGUGCUUUUCAACAGCCCGAGAUUUUUGAAUUCGACCAUGUCCAUCCCGAUUCGACAGCUGGAAGUCCCACGGCAAUUCUUUACGGAGCUCUUGGGACUGAAUGCUUUAAGGAAUUUCAUAAAGUAUUGUCAGAAGCUGCUAAAAAGGGAAGGGCAAAGUAUGUUGUCAGAUCUGUAUUGCCUUCUGGCUGUGAAUCGAAAACCACAUCCUGUGGAGCCAUAGGUACGAAAGAACCUCCGAACCUGGGCGGCUAUGGUGUGGAGCUUGCCUUGAAGAACAUGGAGUAUAAAGCUAUGGAUGAUAGCACAGUAAAGAAAGGUGUAACUCUGGAAGAUCCCCACACUGAAGAUCUCAGCCAAGAAGUCAGAGGAUUCAUAUUCUCCCGGAUUUUGGAGCGCAAACCGGAGUUAACAUCAGAGGUAAUGGCAUUCAGGGAUUAUCUGUUGUCAGCUACUGUUUCUGAUACACUAGAUGUUUGGGAACUGAAAGAUUUGGGACAUCAAACUGCACAGAGGAUAGUGCACGCCUCUGAUCCUUUGCAGUCAAUGCAAGAAAUCAAUCAAAAUUUCCCAAGUAUCGUUUCUUCAUUAUCUCGUACAAAGCUAAAUGAUUCCAUAAAAGAUGAAAUUAUUGAAAACCAGCGAAUGAUUCCCCCCGGAAAGUCUUUACUGGCUCUGAAUGGUGCCUUAAUCAAUGUUGAAGAUAUUGACCUUCACUCGCUGGUUGACAUGGUCCAUCUGGAGUUGUCAUUGGCUGAUCAGUACAGAAAACUGCAGAUACCUCCAAGCGGUGUGAGGAAAUUCCUUUCGGUUUUGCCCCCUUCGGAAUCAUAUGCAUUUCGUGUUGAUUUCCGUUCGCCCCACGUUCAUUACAUCAAUAACUUGGAAGAAGAUGCUAUGUACAAGCGGUGGAGAAGCAACAUUAACGAGAUUUUGAUGCCAGUCUUCCCUGGACAACUGCGUUACAUUCGUAAAAAUCUGUUCCAUGCGGUUUUUAUUCUCGACCCUGCAUCUCUUUCUGGGCUUGAGGCGAUUGACACGAUCAUUUCCUUGUUUGAGAACAAUCUCCCUAUGAGGUUUGGUGUAAUAUUGUACUCUGAAAAUUUAAUCGAGAAAAUUGAAGAAAACGACGGUGAACUUCCAGUUGCUCAUUUGAAGGAUGACCAGGACGACAUUUCUAGUUUGGUUAUGCGCCUUUUCCUUCACAUCAAGGAAAAUCACGGGGCUCUGAUGGCUUUCCAGUUUUUAAGCAACGUAAACAAAUUGAGAGUUGAGUCGGCUGCAGAAGAUAGUCUUGAAAUGCAUCAAGUGGAAGGGGCUUUUGUGGAAACAAUUCUGCCAACUGCAACAUCACCACCUCAAGAAACUCUACUGAAACUGGAGAAGGAUCAAACGUUGAGUGAACUGUCGCACGAAAGCUCCGUUUUUGCUUUCAAGCUGGGUUUGGCUAAGAUGGGAUGUUCUUUAUUGAUGAACGGACUUGUCUAUGAACCUAAUGAGGAGGCUCUUAUAAAUGCCAUGAACGAUGAGCUUCCCAGAAUACAGGAGCAAGUCUACUAUGGUCAAAUAAAUUCUCACACUGAUGUUCUCGACAAAUUUCUUUCUGAAAGUGGUGUUCAGCGUUAUAAUGCAAAGAUCAUAGCAGAUGGGAAGGUGAAACCGAAAUUUGUGUCGUUGUGUGCAUCAAUCCUUGCAAAGGAAUCGAUACUUAACGACCUGUACUACCUGCAUUCGCUUGAAACCAUGGAUGACUUGAAGCCCGUAACUCAUCUUGUUGUUGUUGAUAUGACAUCGAAGAAAGGGAUGAAGUUGUUACGUGAAGGAAUACGCUACCUGAUUAGUGGCUCCAAAAUUGCUCGAGUUGGUGUGUUGUUUAACGCCAACAAGGAUGCAACUUUACCAAGUCUCGUUUUCAUGAAAGCUUUUGAACUAACCGCUUCCUCAUACAGCCAUAAGAAAGGAGUACUACAGUUUCUGGAUCAACUCUGUUCAUUCUACGAACAGGAGUAUAUUUUGGCAUCGGGAGACACUAAAAGCUAUCAGAAAAUCAUUGAUAAAGUCUUUCAGUUAGCAGAUGCAAACGGGUUGCCAUCUAAUGCCUAUGAAUCUUCACUCUCUGGAUUUUCUGCUGAAAAUUUGAGGAGUUAUUUAAACAAGGUUGCACAGUUUUUAUUCAGGACAAUUGGUGUUGAAAGUGGCGCAAGUGCAGUUGUUACGAACGGGAGAGUAAUCCAACUUCUCGAGGGAAGUACAUUCUUGAGCCAUGACUUGCAUCUUCUUGAAUCUUUAGAGUUCAAGCAACGAAUAAAACAUAUUGCAGAGAUUAUUGAAGAGAUUAAGUGGGAUGAUGUAGAUCCGGACGUAUUGACUAGCAAAUUCAUCAGUGACGUUGUUAUGGCUAUCUCUUCAUCAAGUUCAACAAGGGAUCGAAGUUCCGAAAGUGCCCGUUUCGAAAUUCUAAGCGCAGAAUAUAGUGCUGUUAUUAUGCAAAACGAACACGCAAGCAUUCAUAUUGAUGCUGUUAUCGAUCCCUUGAGUUCCUCUGGUCAAAAGCUAUCUGCUCUUCUUCGGUUUUUGUCAAAGUACGUUCAGCCAAGCAUGAGACUCGUGCUCAAUCCAGUGAGUUCUCUAGCGGAUCUUCCUUUGAAGAAUUACUACAGAUACGUAGUGCCUACAACGGAUGACUUCAGCGGUACAGAUCAUACAGUAAACGGUCCCACGGCAUUUUUCUCAAACAUGCCACUAUCUAAGACACUAACUAUGAAUCUUGAUGUUCCCGAGCCAUGGCUAGUUCAGCCCCUAGUUGCUAUACAUGACCUAGACAACAUAUUACUCGAGAAUCUUGCUGAAACUAGAACGUUGCAAGCGGUGUUUGAACUCGAAGCUCUUGUUCUUACAGGUCAUUGCUCAGAGAAAGAUCACGAGCCACCUAGGGGUCUGCAGUUGAUUCUCGGAACAAGAAAUACUCCUCACUUGGUCGAUACACUUGUUAUGGCAAAUCUCGGUUACUGGCAAAUGAAGGUCUUCCCUGGUUUGUGGUACUUACAGCUGGCUCCAGGUAGAAGCAACGAGCUCUAUGUUAUGAGAGAAGAUGGUGAAGGUGGUCAAGAUUCAACUCUGUCGAAGCAAAUCACAAUAGAUGAUUUGAGGGGUAAAUUAGUUCACAUGGAAGUCAAGAAGAGAAAGGGCAUGGAACGAGAGAAGCUAUUGGUUCCUGUUGAUGAUGAUGAUAGCCACUCCACUACUAAGAAAGGAUCUCAGAAUGGAUGGAAUUCAAAUAUCCUCAAAUGGGCUUCUGGAUUUAUUGGAGGGAAGGAUCAGUCGAAGAAGGAGCCAAACAGUUCCUUGGAACCUAGAAGUGGCGGUCGUUAUGGGAAAACAAUUAAUAUAUUUUCUGUAGCCUCGGGACACUUGUACGAACGUUUCUUGAAAAUUAUGAUUUUGAGUGUUCUCAAAAAUACGCAUCGACCGGUCAAGUUUUGGUUUAUAAAAAACUACCUCUCUCCUCAAUUCAAGGAUGUGAUUCCGCAUAUGGCACAUGAAUACGGUUUCGAAUACGAGCUGAUCACGUACAAGUGGCCCACAUGGCUGCAUAAACAAAAAGAGAAACAACGAAUCAUAUGGGCAUACAAAAUCCUCUUUCUUGACGUCAUUUUCCCUCUUGCCCUUGAAAAGGUUAUAUUUGUCGAUGCUGACCAAAUUGUGAGGACAGACAUGGGAGAACUUUAUGACAUGGAUUUGAAAGGACGGCCCCUCGCAUACACCCCCUUCUGCGACAAUAACAAAGAUAUGGAUGGCUAUCGAUUUUGGAAACAAGGUUUCUGGAAAGAUCAUUUACGAGGAAGACCGUAUCAUAUUAGUGCUUUGUACGUCGUUGACCUGGUCAAGUUUCGGGAAACGGCAGCGGGAGAUCAAUUACGAGUGUUUUAUGAAACUCUAAGCAAAGAUCCCAACAGUCUUUCUAAUCUUGAUCAGGAUCUUCCGAACUACGCGCAACACAUGGUGCCGAUCUUUUCGCUUCCACAAGAGUGGUUGUGGUGUGAGUCGUGGUGUGGUAAUGCAACAAAAUCGAAGGCGAAAACGAUAGACUUGUGCAAUAACCCCAUGACAAAGGAGCCCAAACUUCAGGGAGCUAAAAGAAUAGUUACGGAAUGGCCGGAUCUUGAUUUAGAAGCCAGACGCUUCACCGCCAAAAUAUUAGGUGAAAAUAUCGAAGAACCCCAAGAGCAAAUAGCGCCACCUCAUCAAAUCGAGAGCACAAACGAAGAUUCAUCAGAAGACAACGAGUCAAAGGCAGAAUUGUGAGUUUCUUUCGAUUUCCCAUGUGCUUUCGAUUUUUCUGGUGUAGGAUUUUAGUUACUUCAUGUAUUAGAGUGUAGUAAUGAAAUAGCUGAUUAUUUAUGAGAAAUAUAUAAAACAUUAUUUGUCCUCUAAAAAUGGGACAACUGAAUUUUGUAUGCAACAGGGAUAUAAAAGUCAUUAUAUAUGAAGGGUAUAAGUUUUCUUCAGAGUAAA